ACCUGAUGCCUGUCAUGGCCGCCUCCGUGGCCUGGGGAGGCGUGAAUGCUGGGUUCCUGCUGCGGGCGGCCAGGGGUGCAUGGUGGAGUCGGCCCGGGGGCAUCUUGGGGUCUGGGGAGGCGGCAGCACCAGCGAUAGCUAGGAAGUUCCGGGCGACAGGCUCACGCCCGGCGGGGGAGGAAGAAGCCGGCGGCCCGGAGCGGCUUGGGGACGUGUGAGUGCGGGAGCCAAUCCCCCAUUACUGAUUUCACGAGCCCUCUCCGGUCCCCAUCUUGCCUUGAGGCUGUGGCCUCAUCCCGGUUCUGCAUCGCCUAUUCCCCUGUCCAUCAAGCCCCAAACCCGACUUCCUAACCCUAAAUUCCACCCGGCCCCUGGGUCCGUCAUCCAGUAAGGCAUCUUCACCCUCAUCUGUCCCCAGGGUGAACGUGGUGUUCGUAGACCGAUCAGGCCAGCGGAUUCCGGUGAGCGGCAGAGUCGGGGAUAAUGUUCUCCACUUGGCCCAGCGCCAUGGGGUGGACCUAGAAGGGGCCUGUGAAGCCUCCUUGGCGUGCUCUACCUGCCAUGUGUAUGUGAGUGAGGACCACCUGGACCUUCUGCCUCCUCCUGAGGAGAGGGAAGACGACAUGCUGGACAUGGCCCCCCUCCUCCAAGAGAACUCCCGGCUGGGCUGCCAGAUCGUGCUGACGCCAGAGCUGGAAGGGGCUGAAUUCACUCUGCCCAAGAUCACCAGGAACUUCUACGUGGACGGCCACAUCCCCAAGCCGCACUGACACACGGGCAGCUGGACGGUUCCCAGACACUCAUGGCCCCAGGGCCAGGACUGGAGGAAUAGUCGAGUUGCCCGCCCAGCCCAGAGCACGGACAGGCCCGAGAGAGGUGGCGGGAGCACCCAGAAAGCCAAAACCCCUGCUUCAGAGAGAUCUGGUGUCCAGGCUCUGGUGGGGACGGGGCCCCUGCUGGGGCAACCUCCCCUAGACCCCUUUAGGAUGGAGGUGUGGAUAGGGGUGGAAUCUAAUUGGAGAGACAAUAAAACUGUCUCACAGAUCUCCAGCAUCUUGAGUCUCCUUGUGGGGCAGGGGGGACCCCAGCCCACCCCCACCUUCCCCUCCAACAGUGAUGGGCCAGUGGGAAACUGAGGCAGAGGCCUGAAAGGGCGUUCCAGCCUGAGGAUCAGCGUGGCAAGGCCCCGCCCCGCAGCCGCGGAGGGAUUUGGAAGGGUCCCGGCAGCCCUUGGCCACAAGGGGUGUGCAGGCCACCUACAGAGAGGCGGAAGGGAGAGAGGGGCAGAGGCUGGCCUGAAGCUGGGGCCUUGGAGGUCUGUGCCCAGCCUCGCCCGCCAGAGGCGCACGAUCCCACCGGCCCCGCCCAUCUCAGGUGGAGCUGGUUGCCCUCUCUGCCAGAAGCGGCCCCCCACCCCAGGUGGGGCUCAUAGGGUGGGCCUGGCGUGGGCGGGACGCGGCGAGAGACUUGGGAACGGGGGCUGGGCUGAGCUGGGCUGAGCGAGAUGGAGGCCGAGCCAACCCCGGAUUUUAUGCUCCGAGAGCUGCAGGCACCGCCCUGUUUGCACCCCGAGCCUCCCCCAGGAACCCCUGCCCAGAACGCACCAAGGACCCCAGGAUGCUUCAGACCCAGUGGCAGGUCCUUCUGGUCUGCACACCAGGACUCUGUCACUGCCCUGCACUUCCUCCAAGAGACAGCAGAGGGUCUGGCCCAGCCCCCCGCCUGGGACACCCAGGCCCAGGGGCCCUGCUGGGAGCCAAAGGCCCUGAGGACUCCGGGACCCUUACCUCUGGCCAAGGAUGCCAAGAACAUGCUGAGCCACAGCCCAGGGCCCCCAGAGGCUCCCCCAGCCUCUUCCGCCCAGCCACAGAGAAAGCCCAGAAAGCAGCCGAAUCCCCAGCGGGGCGCCGAGAAAGUGGACCCCCUGUUUGAGGGGGUGACCCUGAAGUUUCAAAUAAAGCCGGAUUGCAGCCUACAGAUCAUACCCAGCUACAGCCUAGCCUGCAGCAGCCGCUCUCAGGGUCCCAUGACAGGCCCCGCCCGAGGCCCAGAGGCCAACCCGGGAGGCAGCGAAGCCCUGGGGCCCCGACGCUGUGCUUCCUGUAGGACCCAGAGGACCCCGCUCUGGAGAGAUGCCGAAGAUGGGACCCCUCUCUGCAAUGCCUGUGGCAUCAGGUACAAGAAAUAUGGCACUCGGUGCUCUAGCUGCUGGCUGGUGCCCAGGAAAAAUGUCCAGCCCAAGAGGCUAUGUGGCAGAUGCGGGGUGUCCCUGGGCCCCCACCCAGUCCCAACUCAGGAAGGGUAAGCCCUUCCUCACCCAGCCAAGCCUCUCCUGCCUCAGUUUCUCCAGGGGGAGAACGGGCAGACACCUUCCUAGGGGAAAGAGCCUGAGUCCUGAGGGGUCCAGCCUGCCUCCUCUCUGCCCCUUCCGCAUUCAGAGACCCCCAAGUGCAAAGUCCUGGCUCAGGGGGUCACUGGCCCCCCUUCCCAGCCCCUGCUUCCAUCAGGCUUGGCUGAGCAUCCCCCACCCUCAAGAAAUGCCCUCUGCUGUGACACUGAUAUUGUUAAUAGCAGUGACAAUAAAGAGUAGAACUAUUCAGAGAAGGGG